CUUUUUUGUUGGAUUUCAUUUUCAUCUCAUGUUACCAACACAUAAGACGAUAAACUCGAAAACCUGACCAAUAAAAGCCCUUCUCUCUAACCCUAUUUUCCUUUCUGGCUAGUGCAUCUCCUCAUUAUCACAACACCAACACUUCAUACUCUCUCUGAUCUGAUCUCUCUAUAUCUUGAUGUCCUAAUCUCUAAGACAAAAGGAAACAAAUUUAUCGAAGCCAGGCACUGCUAGCCAAGAGACACACACCAAAAUUAAAGGUGGAUCGAAGGCAUGGAAAGCGCCCACUUCCUUCAGAAGCAUCGGAGGAGAAAGAGAGGGAUCCUCAGCAGCACCAUGACUUCACUCCUAAUUAUGAAUCAAACUGGACAGAAGCUGAUAUGUCUGCCAUGGUUUCUGCUCUUACUCAAGUUAUUGGAACCACCGAAGAUCAUCACCAAGGAACUGUGGUGCAAUCAAACCCUUCAUCCAUCUCUCACUCUAUAGUAAAAGAAGAACCGGACCGCCCUGAGCCGGUUCAAGAACAAGAGACUGUAAGGAGACGACACUAUAGAGGAGUGAGACAAAGACCUUGGGGGAAGUGGGCAGCUGAAAUACGUGACCCAAAGAAAGCAGCCAGAGUUUGGCUUGGGACUUUUGAGACAGCUGAAGACGCUGCCAUUGCAUACGAUAACGCGGCUCUCAGGUUCAAAGGCACGAAAGCCAAGCUCAACUUUCCUGAACGAGUUCAAGGCAAGACUGACUUUGGCAUGCUUAUGGCUACUUCUGGUUCAACAAGAACAACAAGUAGUAGCAGUGCCUCUACUCAACAAAAUCAAAAUUUCACGGGGCCAGCCGGUAGCGGUGUUGUUGCUCAUCCGCCAGCUGCUCCGUUCAUGGCGCAGCAGCCGGAAACUUUCCCUGAUUUGUAUCAGUAUGCACAGCUUCUCUCCGGGAAUGAUAUUGAUUUCUCGUACCACUCUUCCAAUCUAUUUAAUCACCAAGAUCCAUUUGGUUCACAAAUUUCAUCACCAACAACGCAUUUUUCAUCCUCGAAUGCAUCGCAACCGCCGCAAAGACAACAACAAGAUGAUCAAGACGAAGAUGGGAAGGACUGGAAUUGGAAUAAUCCAAGCCAGUAGUAGCUGCAUGCGUAUUUAAUUUGAUGAGGUUCAAUUCUAUGUAUUAUAUAUUUAUAUAUAUUGAGAGGAAAGUUUACUAUUUGAAAUCAUCAAUUUUAUGUUCAAGUUCUAGCUAGCUAGUUAGUUUGAUCAUUUAAUUUCAAGUCUUUUUUUUUUCGUUCUUGCCUGAACUUCUACGCAUUGUUGUAGUACCAUGCAUUGAAAAACGCCCGUCUAGUUAUGAAGGAGAGAAUCGUACGUAUAGGCUAUAUAUAUUCAGGCAUUACCACAUGGUUUUCAGGCUUGA